AGAAUGCGAAAACUGCGGAGGAGUGCGUUGCGUCUUCCCCAUCUCUAACAGGCCCGCCUUCUUCGACCCUAACAGGCGCAACGCAGGAGGGCUCUUGACCGAUUCCACACCGUCCCGCACUCUUUCCCGGAUUAUGGCUCGAGAGACUCGAUAGAGGGAGCCUACGAAAUGCCACUACCGGGGAGCGCAAGUGUCAAGAGUUUUGGCUUAAAGCCCGUGGACACGAUCAAUAACUUCAUACGCAACACGUUCAGCUCGGCGAAUUCUGCUUCACCGGCGUCGUCGCAUUCUCCAAAGGAACCCCCACUAGCAAAACGAGUGAAAACAUCUAGCUUUACCAGCAGCCGUUAUACAGUACCAGACGACGACAUCGUAGAUUUUGGUGAUAUCAAGACCGGGAGCCAGGGAAGCAACGUUCGUCCGGGAUCCGCUGCUGGGAUUUCCGAAUACCAGCUUGUGGAAGGAUUUUCUCGGGACCCGGGGCGUGGGAGCAGGCGCCGUCGUCGAUCUGCCGGAAGCGAGUCCCCCGCCACGCAACGGCCGAUCAAGCGGUACCUUCCCAGUAUUGAUGUGGGCCGGGACAAUAUUUCAGAUGAUGAGCUUGGGGCCAAGCCAAAACCCAUUGGAUCUACCGCCUGCUCUGCACUAAUUCUCGGCGAUGGUGCUGACCCCCAGUUUCUUCGACAAAGAGCUAUGCCAGCGCCCCACAGCCCGCAGAGCCUAAAUAGGAGCAAAAAGCGACCAAACCAUGCUGUAGAUGGAGACUCUGACGAGCUGUCUGCACAGCCAUCCACAGGACCCAAGCACAAGGCGGCCAUGCAGCCUCUAGGCUUGUCAUCCAAAAAGAAUACUCGUGACGGCGUUGGAAUCCCCAUCAAGGGGGCUAUAUGCUACAAAGAGUUUCGAUAUGUGUCAACAUCUGACCGCCGACUAUUCUUGAACCAAAAAGGCAACGAACUCCGUGCCUUUGACAAUGAUGGUAAUUUGGCCGACGAGUUCUUUUGGCUCAAAAUUUCUCACAAAACCAGCGCCAUGCUAUACAGCCCAAACAGCAACUACAUCAAAUUCGAUCAAGCUGUGGACGAGCGCCAGGGAAUUGGAAGGUUACUGUGUCUAAACUUGGUUAAGAAGGCAGAUGUACAGCGCAUUCUUGAAUGGGUUGCGGAGAAUCAGAAAGGCGUCAAACGGAACGAAGAGAAGGAGAGUCAUAAACUCAACCUCACUUAUGAUAAAAUAUCAGGAGAUAUUGGCAAUAUGAACUCAGGGAAGCCACACCAACCACAAUCACGCCCACUCGGAGGAUUACGGAAUCCAGAAAUCCAAGAGGCUCAUGGCAUCGAGAGGCCCGCGAACCUAUCAGGCGGCGCGCCAGGUGGCCCUCGGAAACUUUUCCCCAGGGACAGAAUUCAACUCUCGGAACAAUCUGCGCCCCGCCAAGAUGAGCCGUCGAAAGAUGUUGCCCCCUUGAAGCAACGACCGCUGAGGUCGAGGCAAAAUAACGACAGGGCAGCUUCAGCUGAAAAUCGACAUUUGUCAACCAUUACUCAAUGGUCUGAAUUCAACAAGACCUGGGCCGACGAAUGGAAAAUACCCCUGGUCUUCCACCGAGCCACAGUCGACAAAGAUGACAUACCACGGCUGGACGAGGGUGAAUGUCUGAACGACAAUCUCAUUGGGUUUGGCCUUCGGUACUUGUUUGACAAGCUCGCCUCGAGGAAUGAAGAUCUUAACAAACGGGUCUACCUUCACAACUCUUUCUUCUACGAAAAACUCAGAUCUACAAAGAGCAAGAUCAACUACGACGGUGUCAAAAGUUGGACGGCAAAAGUGGAUCUGCUAUCGUAUGACUAUAUCAUAGUCCCUGUCAAUGAGCAUUACCACUGGUGGGUUGCUAUAAUCUGCAACCCAGGCAAUCUCGACCCGAGCUCUUUAAAAGACCACAUACCAGGCGCAAAUGUGAGAAACGGCCACAACCUAGAUGAAGGAAAGGGGGACAUCAGAGGUGCUGGGGAGGAAGCGACUUCUGAACUGGAGACGAUAGAGGCGCCCAAAGGACAGUUCAGUAACUCUCCACGAGAUUCAGCAGUGGCUGGGAUAAACCAGUUAUCCAUCGAAAGCCCGCUGGGUUCCGACACCGCCGCACCUGUGACUAAAACGGCUGACGAUAACUCCGACAUCGUGGAGGUACCUGCUGGCGAGGCGCGAGUUGAGAGUGAUCUUGUUCCCGCCCGAGGCAAAGCAAAACACGGCAGAAAGUCUUCAGGCCGCCAACCAAGAAAAUAUGACUUCGGCGACCCCAGAAUUAUCACCCUAGACUCGCUGGGCUCCAGUCACUUCCAAGCGACCGCUUCGCUGAAACAUUACUUGGUCGCAGAAUUUGCUGACAAGCGAGGCAUAACCAUCACGGAUGUUCCGUCACCUCUGGGAAUGAAGGCGAUCAACAUUCCGGAACAGAACAAUUUGUGCGAUUGCGGUGUCUACCUCCUUGGCUAUAUCCAAGAGUUUGUUCAGGAUCCGGACCGAUUCAUACGGACUUUGCUCCAAAAGGAGGUACCCGAGUGGAAAGUUAACCCUCACGAGCUACGGGAUACGUGGCGAAAGACCAUUUUCAGUGAACAAAAGAGAUAUCAGGAGGAGCAGGCAAACGACAGGAAGAAGAAGAAGCCAGCCGCCAAGCAUGCGAACGCAGAGCCGCAGGCACAAACUUCAAGCAAGCCCAACGAAAAAGUCCCGAAGGACAAUGGAACGACAGACGGACCAUCGGAAGUCGAUAGCGGCAGGUCGGUUGCCAAGUCUCGAACAGCUUCGCCAAACUUGCCUCUAGAGGCUCCUGCCAAGGACACGGCGGAUAGCCAUGCGCCACAAACUCCAGAGAUGCCCCGAGAUGAGUCUGUUCAGCAUGCAGUGCGAAAAGGUGUAACUCCUUCACAACGGCCACUUUCUCAACACGAAGGUUCUGUUGAUGAGGUGGAUCUCCUUCCCCUGAAACCCGACACAGAGGUACUGUCAAUUGAGAAGCCAGCCUGUACCAAAACUUACCGAAUUGGGUCAGAGGGUGAGUAUAUUGAAAAGCGGUUCGUUGAAAAACUCCCAAGCUCGCCACCGCCUCAGCGGGAGGUUGAGGAAGUCCAACCGAAAAGUUUCUACAAGGACCACCCCAUUGAUUUGACCUCGCCAGAGCGAGAGAUGGCCCGAACGAAGCCAUCCCGGUCCUCGCCGGUGACAUCAAAACGCGCAGCUAGGAUGCCGAGCCCGCACGUAUCCCAGACCACCAGCCCCUACUUCUCCCGUUCCGGCGUUCCGGUCGUGGAGCGCGCAGAGCUGCUUAGACGACCUGCUGCAAUCGAUCUGACCAAGGACGAAAUAGAAGCAGGCAUUGUCUGAUUUGGCGGCCUCUGUUUACACAAAGCUAUUAGCUGUGUCAUGACUCAUGUUUUUUCCCUAAGGGGGCGUUUUGGUGCUCGCGCUCUCUCCCGCUCUUGAUUCUGUUUUCAUGGUGGCCGCCUUGUCGGCGUUCUGGAACUCUUGUCACAAGCAUAGCGCGAUAAACCCUUAAUGUCAAAACGUAUGCACAAGUUUCCUAGAUGACGGACGCGCGUGGACUUAAUCGUACUUUUAUUCUGUAGAAAGGUAUCUCUUCUAAGAACCAAUUAAAAAAGAAAUUAAAUUGUAC